UUUCUUUCGGAGCUAAUCAACUCCGUAAAUCCUCUCUCUCUCUCUCUCUAGAACCCCUCUCUCUCUCUCUCUAGAACUAUAGAUACAUGUAUAUAUCCACACCCACACUCAUCACACAUACAUAAUAAUAGAUCGAUCUAUUCUUUUCAGAGUUUGGUACUCCCAUAUCAUAUUCUUUUUUCCAACCAAUAAACAAACCUGAAAUGGGUUUUGUUUCUUAUUCGAUCUUCACAUUACUAAUAACAAUAUCAAUAAGAUUCAUCGAUGGGUUUGGGACAUUUGGGUUCGAUAUACACCACAGAUAUUCUGAUCCAGUGAAAGGGGUUUUGGAUAUUGAUGAUCGUGAUUUGCCUCAGAUGGGUUCAGUCGAUUAUUACGCUGCCAUGACCCACCGUGACCGCCUUUUUCAUCGCCGCCGUCUCGCCGACGCCACCGUCGAGUCUUCUUUGGCGUUUCUUGAUGGCAAUGAAACUUAUCAGCUUCAGUCUCUUGGAUUCUUGCAUUAUGCCAAUGUCUCUGUUGGUACCCCGAGUUUAUGGUUUUUGGUCGCGCUGGACACGGGUAGUGAUUUGUUUUGGAUUCCUUGUGAUUGCCGGAGCUGCGUCAAAGGAUUGGUCACAAGAACAGGAAGACAGCUAGACUUCAACAUAUACAGCCCUAACGCGUCCACAACGAGUCAAAGAGUUCCUUGCAGUAGUGACUCGUGUAAACUAAAGAAACAAUGCUCUGCAAGGCCCGAUAUAUGUCCAUAUCAGGUCAAUUAUCUUUCAAGUAAUACUUCGUCUACUGGGAUCCUGAUAGAAGAUAAUUUGCAUUUGAUAACCGAUGAUACUUCAGAGAAACCCGUUGAUGCAAAGAUCAAGUUCGGUUGUGGAAUGAUUCAAACUGGCUCAUUUUUAGAUGGUGCAGCCCCCAACGGUCUAUUUGGGCUCGGCAUCGAGAACUUAUCGGUUCCUAGCAUCUUAGCCAGCAGUGGUCUUACCGCCAAUUCGUUCUCGAUGUGUUUUGGCCCCGAUGGUGCCGGAAGAAUCAAUUUCGGAGAUAAAGGCAGCUUAGAUCAAGGAGAAACCCCCCUCAAUCUCGAUACUCCUCACCGAACUUAUAACAUCAGCAUGACACAAAUAACUGUAGGAGACAAUGUUACUAAUGUUAAUUUCACUGCGAUUUUUGACACUGGUACCUCGUUCACUUAUUUGAACGAUCCUGCGUACAAGAUUAUAACUGAAAGUUUUGCUUCACAGACGAAAGAGACCCGGAGUCAACCAAGUUCCGACAUUCCCUUCGAGUAUUGCUAUGAUUUAAGUCCAAAUCAGCAGACUUUCGAAGCUCCUCUGAUGAAUCUAACUAUGAAAGGAGGAGACCAGUAUGCUGUCACAAAUCCCUUUGUCUUUGUUCCUCUUGAAGAUGGUGGAUCCGUGUUCUGUUUUGGAAUCGUUAAAAGUGAGGAUGUAAACAUCAUUGGGCAAAACUUCAUGACGGGUUAUCGAGUGGUGUUUGAUCGCGAGAAGAAUAUUUUGGGCUGGAAAACAUCUAAUUGCUACAAUGGCACAGAAUCAAACACGCUACCAAUAAGCCCGUGGGCCUCUCCCAGUGGUUCUCCGUCGAUGUCUUUGGGGCCUGAAGCAACAUCAAAGAAUGGUUCGCCUAACCCGAGUCAGGCUGGGCAAGGAAGUAUUGGGUCCACAUUAUCAUACACGCGUUUCAUACUCGUACUAUCAAUUCUUACCAAUUUUUUGAUGUUUGUUUUGUUGUAAUAUGUUGAUAUAUGAUGUGGUAUAGCAUAGAAUCAUGUCAUACGCGGUCAUUAUAUGAACAUACAGACAGAGCUACUUAUCGAUUCUUAUGUAGUUUUGAUGUAAAUAUAUAGAUUUGUUUGUAGAGACAACUUAUGGCUUACAUUUGAAUAAAGUGAGGGUUUCUUUUUAUAUA